CGAACCCCCGGGCCUGGAGGAGGGGGCAGCGGCCCAUGCAAGCCUGUGGGACAAAGUUGCACACCCCCCUUGCAGAUGGCCACUGGUGGCUAGGAUGCGUGGGGCCCUGGAGAUUGGAGAAGGGGAUGUAAAAUGCACACUUGCUGCCCCCCAGUAACUUUGGAACAGGACCUUCACAGAAAAAUGCAUAGCUGGCUGCUGCAGACUCUAGCUUUCGCUCUAACAUCUCUCGUCCUUUCGUGUGCAGAAACCAUCGAUUACUAUGGGGAAAUCUGUGACAAUGCAUGUCCUUGUGAGGAAAAGGACGGCAUUUUAACUGUGAGCUGUGAAAACCGGGGGAUCAUUAGCCUCUCUGAAAUUAGCCCUCCUCGGUUCCCCAUCUACCACCUCUUGUUGUCUGGAAACCUUUUGAGCCGUCUUUAUCCCAAUGAGUUUGUCAAUUAUACUGGGGCUUCGAUCUUGCACCUGGGGAGCAAUGUCAUCCAGGAUAUUGAGACCGGGGCUUUCCAUGGGCUGCGUGGUUUAAGGAGGUUGCAUUUGAACAAUAAUAAACUGGAACUUCUGCGGGAUGAUACCUUCCUGGGCUUGGAAAGCCUGGAGUACCUACAGGUCGAUUACAAUUACAUCAGUGUCAUUGAGCCCAAUGCUUUUGGGAAACUGCAUUUGUUGCAGGUGCUUAUCCUUAAUGACAAUCUCUUGUCCAGUUUACCCAACAACCUUUUCCGUUUUGUGCCCUUAACGCACUUGGAUCUGCGGGGAAACCGGCUGAAACUUUUGCCCUAUGUGGGCCUGUUGCAGCACAUGGAUAAAGUCGUGGAGUUACAGCUGGAGGAAAACCCUUGGAAUUGCUCCUGCGAGCUCAUCUCGCUCAAGGAUUGGUUGGACAGCAUCUCCUACUCGGCCCUGGUGGGGGACGUGGUUUGCGAGACCCCUUUCCGCCUCCACGGCCGCGACCUGGAUGAGGUGUCCAAGCAGGAACUUUGUCCCCGAAAACUUAUUUCGGACUAUGAGAUGAGGCCCCAGACGCCUCUGAGCACCACGGGGUACUUACACACCACUCCGGCCUCGGUGAACUCGGUGGCCACUUCUUCCUCUGCUGUUUACAAACCCCCCUUGAAGCCCCCCAAAGGAACUCGCCAGCCCAACAAGCCCAGGGUGCGCCCCACCUCCAGGCAGCCCUCCAAGGACUUGGGCUAUAGCAACUAUGGCCCCAGCAUCGCCUACCAGACCAAAUCCCCGGUGCCUUUGGAGUGCCCCACCGCGUGCACUUGCAACCUGCAGAUCUCGGAUCUGGGCCUCAACGUCAACUGCCAGGAGCGCAAGAUCGAGAGCAUGGCCGAGCUGCAGCCCAAGCCCUACAAUCCCAAGAAGAUGUACCUGACCGAGAACUACAUCGCCUUGGUGCGCAGGAGCGACUUCCUGGAGGCCACGGGGUUGGAUCUGCUCCACCUGGGCAAUAACCGCAUUUCUGUGAUCCAGGACCGCGCCUUUGGGGAUCUCACCAAUUUAAGGCGCCUCUACCUGAAUGGCAACCGGAUCGAGAGAUUGAGCCCGGAGCUGUUCUAUGGCCUGCAAAGCCUGCAGUAUCUCUUCCUGCAGUACAAUCUCAUAAGGGAGAUCCAAUCGGGCACCUUUGACCCGGUACCCAACCUCCAGCUGCUCUUCCUCAACAACAAUCUUCUGCAGGCCAUGCCGUCGGGGGUCUUCUCGGGCCUCACCCUGCUGAGACUCAAUCUGAGGAGUAACCAUUUCACCUCACUACCCGUGAGUGGGGUCCUGGACCAACUCAGGUCGCUCAUCCAAAUCGACCUGCAUGACAACCCGUGGCAUUGCACCUGCGACGUGGUAGGCCUCAAGCUGUGGGUGGAGCAGCUCAAGGUGGGCGUGCUGGUGGACGAGGUCAUCUGCAAGUCUCCCAAGGCCUUCGCCGAGAUGGAUAUGCGCACCCUCAAAUCAGAGCUGCUGUGCCCCGACUACUCCGACGUGGGGGUGCCCACGCCCACGCCUUCACCCUCUUCCCUGCAGCAGGUGCCAGCCAGGACCAGCUCGGAGAUGCCCUCCGAGAGAUUGCUUAACAGCACUGGAGGCCCAGGGGAUUUGGGCUUGGGGGGACCUGGGGGUGCCUCUUCUGUGCCCCUAUCUGUGCUCAUCCUCAGCCUGCUCCUGGUCUUUAUCAUGUCUGUCUUCGUGGCCGCUGGGCUCUUCGUGUUGGUGAUGAAACGUCGCAAGAAGAACCAGAGCGACCCCACGAGCACCAACAACUCGGACGUGAGCUCCUUCAACAUGCAGUACAGCGUGUAUGGAGGUGGCGGGGGUGGUGGCAGCAGCGGCGGGGGAGGCAAUGCGGGGGGCCACCCGCAUGCCCACCACGUGCAUCACCGUGGGCCCGCUUUGCCCAAGGUCAAGACCCCCGCGGGCCACGUCUAUGAGUAUAUCCCGCAUCCUCUGGGCCACAUGUGCAAGAACCCCAUCUAUCGCUCCCGGGAGGGCAACUCGGUGGAGGAUUACAAAGAUUUGCACGAGCUCAAGGUCACCUACGGGGGCAACCAUCACCUGCAGCAGCAGCAGCAGCAGAUGCAAAUGCAACAGCAAAUGCAACAGCAGAUGGAGCUGCAGCCGCCGCCUCCACCACCCCCGCCGGCCUCCUUGCAGCAGCAGCAGCAGCAGCCAACGGCCUCCUUGCAGCAGUUGCAGCUGCAAUUGCAACCCGGGGACGACGACAGGCGGGAAAGCCACCACCAUUCUCGCAGCCCCGCCUAUAGCGUCAGCACCAUUGAGCCCCGGGACGGCUUACUGGCUCCGGUGCAGGAUGCUGAUCGCUUUUACAGGGGGAUUUUGGAACCGGACAAACCUUGCUCCACCGGCACCAGCCUCCCGGAAUAUCCCAAAUUCCCCUGCAGCCCCCCCGCUGCCGCUUAUACUUUCUCCCCCAACUAUGACCUGAGACGGCCCCCCCACCAGUAUUUGCACCCGGGGGUAGGGGACGGCAGGCUACGGGAACCGGUGCUCUACAGCCCCCCCAGUGCUGUGUUUGUAGAACCCAACCGCAAUGAGUAUCUGGAGUUAAAAGCAAAACUCAACGUUGAGCCGGACUACCUCGAAGUGCUGGAAAAACAGACCACAUUUAGCCAGUUCUAAAAAAAAUUUAUUAAUAAAUUAAAAAAAAAAGGCAAAGAAACUCCCCCGGGGUGGGGGGAGAUUUUUGCAUUGCAAGCGAGCAAGCGUGCAGACGGACACAGACGGUGAACCCCUUUCUUUGAUUCAUUGGGUUGUUUCAACGUUUAGGGUGAAGUGCCUUGGCACUAGAUUUCUCAGCUCCCGGGAGGAAGAUAACUGAAAGGGGGUGCGAUUUCCUUUGCAUUCGGCCACGCGGGAAAUAUCGGUGCCAAUCGGGCACAUCCCUUUCUCUCUUCUGGCUUGUGGGGGAGGAGAGGAGGAGGAGAGAAGGGCUCUGGGGAGGCCGGUUUGCUGCGCGCCGGUGACUUGGGAAAGGUCUGAAAGAUCGCGGUCCUUUUUGGUUUGUUUGUUGACUUGGUUGCUUAUUUUUGUGUGAGGCUGUCUGAAGUGCUAAGAAAGGUGCAAGGUGGGAGUGCAUUGAUUCCAUACUUUCUCUUUUGCUCCUACCCCCUCUUUAAGCCACCGGUGGGUCUGAAGACUUCUGUGGAGGGAUUUGCACUCCCCAACUUUCAUAGAAAGUCAGUCUCUUUCUCUUCCUCUCUGUUUGUCUCUUCUCCUCUCUCUCCCCGGUCUGCCUCUCUGUUUCUGUUUCUGUCCGUCUGUCUGUCUCUCUCUUCCCUCUGUCUUUUUCUAUCUGUCUCUCUUCCUCUACCC